UUAGCCUACGAAGGACAUUCAGUUUGUGUUUUUGCCUGAAAAAAUCAUAGCAGUUGGAGUUUACACUAGAUUAAAGUAAUGUGGUUCGAUCAUAUAUAAUUAACGUGUAGUUAAUAUAUUGUAGCAGUCGUCAGAAGCUGUCAAACUGAUAAACAACCCGGUAUUUUGGCUACGACAAAGACAACAAGGCUCAGUGGCUAGCUAGCUAGCAUCUGCUCAUUUUCUCCAGGUUUUCACUCGCACGCCACCUAACCUACCGAGUUACCGAAAGAAGAGCUCGAGUCCAACAGACAUGGAGAAGAGUGAUUUCCUGAAGGGUCUGCCUGUCUACAACAAAAACAACUUCAGCAGGUUCCAUGCUGACUCUGUAUGUAAAGCAUCAAACCGUCGACCAUCUGUGUAUCUUCCAACCCGGGAAUAUCCAUCAGAGCAGAUCAUAGUGACAGAGAAGACAAACAUCUUAUUGCGAUACCUCCAUCAACAGUGGGAUAAAAAGAAUUCAGCAAAAAAGCGGGAGCAGGAUCAAACGGAGGGGGAGAACACAGCGCCUCCGCGAAAAAUUGCCAGAACCGACAGUCAAGAGCUGAACGAGGACUCGUAAAAUGGUGUGCUUUACAUCCCAGCAGAGACUGACUUGCACAAAUAAAAUGCACACUCACAGAUGCAGGUUAUAAAUAUGUUUUCAAACCCAGGCCUUGACACUGAAGCACACAAGGAUCAUUUCAGACCACAGCUGACAUGGCGUUAAUCCCAAAAGCUUCAUUGCAGUGUCGGUCAAAAUGUUUGCAUAUGACGUUGGAUUUCCUUCUCAACCAAAACCCCUGCUUUCACCCACUAUUUCCUUUUUACUUCCAUCAAGCCACACCUCUGCCUCAGAUUUAGUCUUUGUAGUUUUGGAAAAUAACAUGCAUCUACCUCCUUUUUCCCAAAACCCUCUGGUUCCCAGUCACUUAUGCUCGCCUUUUAUUAUUUUAAAAAGGCAGGGAGUAAAUCCAUUGCUCCUCUGCUGCCAUUUCAUGGUUUACAACUGAAGUUAUUCUAACCAUCUCCAAGAUAUGCAUGUUUUAAGUUUAUAUCAGCGAUUAGGCAGCAUGCCAUCUUUUGUGGGUCCUACUCUCCAUUAGGACUUUUUUUGUUUUGAAUUAUGUGAUAACAGUGAGAAAAUUAUUUAAGCUCAGCUUUUAUGUGAUUACUGUCCUUACAGUAAAUCAAAAAUAAAACAGCACUGUGUUAGUUGUUAGAUGUAAAGAUCCAUUCAGGGUUUUGUUAUGGGCUGUGUUGUGGAAGAAGACAGAAGUGUUGAAAGAAAUGGUCUCGUGUUUCCUUCUGAUGAAUAAUGAUUUAUUGCCUUAAAUGGAAGCGAGUGUGUUCUCACUAUGUCUUAGGGUCCCCCUUUGGUUUACAUUGUUGUUUCAGAUGAAAAAAUGAACCACUGUUGAGAUAUUGGUCUGUCCUUUUAAAUAAGGAUGCUUUUGAGCCAAUACAGUCAUAAUAAAGGAUGCAAUCUCUUUUUUUACAGUGUGACCUGCAGAUUUGUAGCCAUAUUCUGAUGCUCAGUACUUUGAGAUUACCACUUUAUAAGCAGUGCUCGUAUCUUUGUAACAGCAAGGUUAUCAUAUUUUUUACGAAAUGGGUGACGACUGCAGGUGUAUGUGUAAAUGUACACUAAGCUGUACUAAUGUGUAGGCUACUUGUAAGGACUUUCAACCUUUUUAUAAAUGUGCCAUUCACAUUUAUAUAAACAGGUUGAUCACAAUGAGGGAAUGUGUGCUUGGAAUUACAAGCUUUUGACAGCAGGGCUAAAUAAACACUGUCUUUGCUCCAUAAUGCUACACAAAUGUUGUAUAUUUGUACAGUGUAUAUUGUGAUCGUUCUGACCUUUUUAUCAGGUAACAAGGACUCACCCUGAUUUUGUCAUCCCCAAGUCAGCCAUAUUGUAAUUUCAUUUUCUUUUAUGCUGGAGUCAUACAAGCCAAAGUUGGAUUAACACAAAAAUAAUUUUUGGACUGGGUGAGGCUUGAAUUCUUUUGUUGCACCUUGUAGAAAUAUAACUUUUCGCAAACAUGUAAUCUGCUGCAAGUUGUAUUUGUCACAUUUUCAAUAAUGUUUGGCAUGGCUGAUGGUUGAGUCUACAUUUGUUAUGUUAAUUAUAGAUUGCUGUUCAAAGGUUAUAUGUUCAGUUUGGCUGCUCAUAAAAGUCAAAACAAGUAGAAUACACACCAAGUUUAUCAAGUAUGACUUUAAUCCAGAGACAUUCUGUGUUUUAUUUUCCCUACUCUUCUUAGAAGAGUGUUAAUUAUCAUACGGUUUGUAUUCCAUUACCUGGUUAAGUUUGGGAUGUUUACUGUUUAAUGGUUUGCUUUGAAUUUAUUGUAUAAAUGUAUUUUUUUUGUCAAUUUCAGAUCUUGUCCUUGUAUAGAUUACAACAUACA